AUGCGGAAUCUAAUUGUAUUCAUUACUGCUAUUAUCUUUACUGUACAGAUUCAUCGACUCGACAGUAAACCAUUAAAUGAUAAUACAAGAUUAAAACGUUCUGAUGGAAGUUUACUUCCGAAUGAAAGUUUUACAAUGAUUACAAAUGAAAAAUUAAUGAAAUUAAAAGACCUUGCUAAAGCUAAAGAUGAUCCAAAAUUACAUGAUUUAUAUCGUGCAGUUAAUCAUUAUGUACAAAUAGCAAGAAAAAAUAAUGAAUAUGUAUUAUGGAAAUAUGAUGCUAAUCGAGAAGGUCUUGUUCUUGUUCUUAAACCAAAUUUAAAUGGUAUACUUCACUAUGGUUAA